AUGUGGGACUCAUCAACAUCUGAUGGUAAAUGGGGUCUUAGUUUAUAUGAUAUUGAGCAAUUCUUCAGUUAUGGUUAUUAUGGAGAUUAUGGUUAUCAAUAUCAUACGAAUCACGACUAUAAUCAACAACAUGCAUAUAACGCAAGUUGUUAUCAAGAGGACCAGUAUCCCGGUGUCAAUAAUGAGAUACUAGUCUCUCUUCAAAAUGGAAUAUCGGAACUCUCAAUUGCAGAUGAAAAUCAAUCAUCACAUGCAGCAGCAGAAGAGCACCAACAGGAUCUGUAUCUGGUAGAGCACCUGCAGGUACCAACAGAUGCAGAACCGGAUCACCCACAAGUAUCUUCUCCAGUGGGGCAACUCGAAACGUUCACUACUAAUCAAGAUUGGAAUUAUGGUCCAUCAUCAUUGAAUUACCAUUAUGGUAGCGAAGGGAAUGAAAGAAUAAAGAUAGAUAGACCAACUACUCCAUGCUAUAUCCCGGAAAACCAAUCAUGUAAUGGGAAAGAGACCUUUCUAGAGAUUACAGAUGCACUGGAGUUUAAUGGAGAAGUAAGAAACAGACUACAUAAAGUUAACCCCGUCAGUCUUAUUAGCCCCAAAAUCAAUGGAGAUAUACCUUCGGUUGAUGAAGUAUCUUCUGAUCAUCAGAGGCUGCAAGAUAGAUUGGAUUUACAUGGACUCGUUGAAUCCAAAGUUGAAGGAGAUGGUAACUGUCAGUUUAGAGCGUUAUCAGAACAAUUAUAUCACACACCAGAGGAUCACAAGUUCGUAAGAGAUAGGGUUGUAAUGCAGCUUAAGAUACAUCAAAAUAUGUACGAGGAAUACAUCCCAAUGCCGUACCCUGAGUACUUGAAGCGGAUUUCUAUGAUAGGAGAGUGGGGAGAUCAUGUCACCUUGCAGGCAGCUGCAGAUUCAUACGGUGUCAAAAUCCUAGUGCUAACCUCUUUCAAAGAUACUAUUUUCAUUGAGAUUCUACCCAAGGUCCUGAAGUCUAAAAGAGUCAUUAUGUUGAGUUAUUGGGCUGAAGUACACUACAACUCAAUGUAUCCUAAAGGAGAAAUGCCUUCAUCCAAAAAUGAGAAGAAAAAGGAGAGCAAGAAAAAGUGGUGGAAAUUUAGCAUGCCCCAGUCGUGCCUGUACUGA